CGGCGCGCGGCUCCCGCCUCCUUCCCUGGGCGCCCGCUCCCGCCUCCCUCCCUUUCCGCUGCCGAGGCGGCGGGAGCCGAGCCCCAGCGGACCGAGCCGCGGCCGCAGCGGGCGGCGGGCGCAGAGGCGGCGGCGGCGGGGUGGUCAGGCUAGGGCGAUGCGGCGGCCGCACUGAGCCCGCCGGCUCCUGGCGCUGGGGGAACCGGCCGCGCGGACGGCAGCAUGCGGGGCGGCGAGGAGCUGGACGGCUUCGAGGGCGAGGCCUCGAGCACCUCCAUGAUCUCGGGCGCCAGCAGCCCGUACCAGCCCACCACCGAACCCGUGAGCCAGCGCCGCGGGCUGGCCGGCCUGCGCUGCGACUCCGACUACCUGCGCGGCGCGCUCGGCCGCCUCAAGGUCGCCCAAGUGAUUUUGGCCCUGAUUGCAUUCAUCUGCAUCGAGACCAUCAUGGAGUGUUCCCCGUGCGAAGGCCUCUACUUUUUUGAGUUCGUAAGCUGCAGUGCAUUUGUGGUGACUGGGGUCUUGCUGAUUCUCUUCAGUCUCAACCUUCAUAUGAGGAUCCCCCAGAUCAACUGGAAUCUGACAGAUUUGGUCAACACUGGACUCAGCACUUUCUUUUUCUUUAUUGCCUCAAUUGUACUGGCUGCUUUAAACCACAAAACCGGAGCGGAAAUUGCUGCCGUGAUAUUUGGCUUCUUGGCAACAGCAGCCUAUGCAGUGAGCACAUUCCUGGCCGUGCAGAAAUGGAGAGUCAGCCUCCGCCAGCAGAGCACUAACGACUACAUCCGAGCUCGCACUGAAUCCAGAGAUGUGGACAGUCGCCCUGAGAUCCAGCGCCUGGACACAUGAGAACCUUCUGGAGUCCUUUUCCCACUGCCCUCACACCUAUUCUUCUAAUCAAAUUUUCUUUCUCUCAGCACAUCAGAUUUUUGUGUGAUCCAGUUGAAUUUUGUCCUGUUUGGUAAAAAUUCACUUUGGGAAAGGGUGCCUAGAAUGGCCCAGUGACUGAUCUGUGGUGGCCUGAAGAGCCCAGGUCCUCCAGCAUCGGGUGCCUGUGGGAGCAGCCAACUUCAUUUGACUGUUCUAGGUCUUAACUGUCUCUGAACACACGGUCUCAUCUGACUCUGAGCCAACCUGCCAUGUGUAUUUAUGAUGAGUCAAAACUUUAUGAAAUGGCAUUGAGAGGGCACUACAUGUCACAUGACAGAGGCACAGGGCUGGAACAGCCAGUGAGGUUCUUGGACAGCCCCCUAGUGAGCUGUGGGUGGGUGUUGAGUCUGGCUGGUUAGAUCCACCCUCCUUGUCUUCCAUGCCCAGGGCAUCUAGGCAGCCAGCACGGCCUGGGUGGGACGUUGAGGGCUUGGCGAAUGGAUGUGCUCCUGUAUCCUUCUUGCCAGGUCUUUAUAAUACAGGGACAGGAAAAUCUAGUAUCCUGUGGGACCACUGACUCGGAACAGUGACCAGUUGUCUCCUACCCUGCUGAGAAAGCACUUGAUCCUGCCUCAAAUGAGUCCCCUUCCUGUGGUCCAUAUUCACUUCCCAGGAUAGGGGACCGUCAUCUUUGCCUGUCCCCUGCCUUCCUUCCAUACCUUGAGGCUGGAUUGCAGUUUCAGCACUUUUACCUUCUCCUGUGAGAGCUGCAGAAGAUACAGUCCUUCCACCAGCUGAGGCACUUGCCCACUUGCUGGCCUCACGGAUCACAUGUGUGUAUGUAGAGGCUGGCAGAGUAUGUGUAUGUGUGUGUGUUACAAAGUGGCACACUCCAACUCACACUUCUAUUGUAUGGACAUGUCUAAUUCUCUGAAUAUCCAAGACAAGCUCUAAAGUGAUUCAGAGUCAGUUUAUCUAGGAUUUGAAAAUACUUGAAUCUGCACCAGGACACAUCUUUCCACAGAUAUGCCAUAAGGCACUGUUGUCAUUUUGGGUGCCCGAGUGUCCUUACUAUGAACACCUGUCCUGGAACAUGUUAGGAAUCCUAGUUACAUCCAGCUUUUGGAUUGGUUCUUGAUAAACUGAAGAUUAUUUUUGUGGUGAAUGAGUUGAGCUGGCCCCUAUGAUGCUGUAAUUUUGUUGUUGUUGUUGUUGUUGUUAGAGACUAAUUAUGACUUUUUGGAAAAUUGUUUUAACAUGUCAGGUUCUCACUCUGAACUGUUGAUGUUUACAGACCUUGUUGUAGCUCUAAUAUUUUGUGUGUAGCCUCACCAAGGAGAAGACCUGGCUGGCGGAAAGAUAUUGCAAUAGUAGAGAGCCCCCACUAUCUCCUACUGAGACUGUUCACAGCCUGAGCAGUGUCCUCUGUAGUUUAUAACCCAGAAGCAGCUGGCAAGGCUGGGGGAGGAAAGUCUGAGGAGGUGCCUCUUGUGCCAUGGCUCUGCAUCAUUCAGGGAAGAGCAGUGUUAAAUGGUUGAAUACCACUGCAGGGCUCAGGAGUCCACAGGAAAUAGGAUCAGGCUAUAUCUGAUUGGGGGAGUACUAGAGACUGGCUCCCUAAACCCAACAUCCAGUGUAAUCCAGUUCUGUUGUCAUCUUAUAUUGGCAGUAGUCCAGGUCUCAUGUUCAAAGGAGAGCUGAGCUAAUCUGGUGUAACUCCCCUCCCUACUUCUCUUCUCCUCCAGAGGGCAGCCUGGGUCUAGCCCUUGCCCAGCUCCUGAUAGAGAUUUCUGUCCUUGGAUGUCAUGAGUCAGUCAGUACAUCUUGUGUUUUACCAGCUUUGAACCUGUUGUAUGUGGUGAUAUGGGAGAGUGGAUGGCAUCUGGAUUUUUAUCUGUUAGUUUGACAUGGUUACUUUGCAUUUGUUGAGUAUGUCUACACAAUCAAAAUCAGGCUUCUUUCCCUCCAAGAAUUCCCUUUAAAAUAGAGUCACAAAGACUUGGCCUGCAUCAGAUGGGGCCCAUUUGGAAGGACCACCCUGAACUUUAUCAUGUUACUGGGCCUCGAGAAAAGGACACCUUUGAAGUGAGCCAGAAGAAAGAAGCAUUCAGACUGGAUUGCUGCUCAUUUUCCCAAGUCACUCAAUAAAACCAUUUUAUCAUGUGCUGAAAGGAAGCCUCUGAGAGUGUUGUCAGCUGAAAGAAAUAAUCCUGAGGCCCAUUGAGACCGUGAAUACUGAGAUAAGAUAAAAGUGGUGGUGUCUUAGGGCCUGAAAGACUUGAGAGUUAGUUGCAUCUUGGUGUCAGAAUUAUCUUUGUGAUUAUUUAUAUCCCAGUAACUAUUUAAUAUCCUUUGUGCUAUCAAGUGUCCCUGUGGCCUUUGUAUAUGUAUUUCCUUGUAUUAUUUAACUAGCUCCCACAGAGCCAGAAGUGGCUUGUACACGUUCUAAUAGCAUGAUACAUAGUCUCAGUCUAUACAACCAACGUGAUGAGGAAAAGCCAUGAAGGGAAUAUGGUUGCCUACGGUGAAUGCAAAGACACUUGUCUUUUUCCUGUCGUGCCUCUGUGCAAACAGAAGAUAACAUAGAUUUGGGGUUUUUAAAUAACCUGCAAAUUGAAAAAAAUCAUAUUUUUGUGUUUAUUAAGUCUACUACAGACCAGUGUCACUUAGGUAGGUUUUGGGCAUUUUAAGUCAACCUUAGCUUUUUCCAUUUCCCUAGGGAAUGAACUGGCUUUCCCAGUCGGAGCAAAACUUGAAGGGAAAUGCAGUUGUUGGGAACACCUGGGGUGGUCAUGGAGACAUGGGGUUGAAGCCCUCCCUGGUUGGUGGUUCUGAUGGAUGUAAACACUGACAUCCUCAGAGAGAGUGUAUUUUGGCGCUGUUGACUGAGUGUCAUCCACCACUACUCUCCUCUACCCUCCCUGCCAAAGGCAGAGGGUAAGCCCUUCUUCCUUUGAAUGGAGAGACAAGGAAACAUAAAGAUACUUAUUGGCUCCUAGAAAGAGCAAACACAGGAUGGAAUGGAUUCUCUUCAGAGAAGUUCCAUUUAAAGUAGCUAGCCAUGCAGGGCAGAUUGCUUUUGUCUACAAAAAAAAAAAAA